CAGUUUCAGUUGCUGUUUGGAAUUCAAGCGCGUAGCACACAUCGGUCGGAAUAAUUAGAAUGCAGAAGAACUUCCAAUACGAGAAUAUGCAGUCUCAGGUUCCGGGUUUCCAGGCACCGCCCAGUUAUAAUACGGCCCCCCCGCAGGCUUAUCCUCAGCUCCAUCAGGGACAGGGAGUGAUAAUGCAGGGGAAUACAGAGAACUAUGAAUCAAUCGCAAAUAAUGGCCCUCCCAAUGUCCUGGGCCAAAGUCCAUCCAUGGCCACUUGUCCGAGCUGCGGCGUCCGCAGGGAGACGAAGGUGGAGUUCGAGCCCAACACCAAGACCCACCUGAUGGCCCUCCUCAUCUGCAUGCUGGGGGGCAUUUGCUGCUGCUGCAUUCCGUACUCCACCGACUCCUGCCAGUCGGCGAAACACACCUGCAGAAGCUGCGGAGCCUUCGUGGGCACCUACAAGACCUAGGAGUGCGGUCUCAACGCCAAAUAUUACAGGAAUGGACAGAUCCCAGUUUGUAUUUCUUAUUGAUGGUAUCAGAUUUGGCACGAAUAUUUACAAAAUACAACUCUUGUUCAACUCAAUUGAAUAUCCUUUUCGCAUUGGUUUACUCUUCAAAAUAAAUUUAUAAUCACACAAAUUGUUGGUGCUAUAUGAAUGUGGGAAUCGGAAGGCACAUUUAAAGUAUCCUUAGCCAUUUCAGUUAAAUUAAAUAGAAACCUUAAUCUCUUAAGUGCAAAUUCAAGGCUAACGUCGAAACUUUCGUAUAUAAUAAUAAUAUUUCCCGGAAGUUUCCGAGGGGGAGACCCUGUUUUUAUCGCAUAUGUAUGACAUUAUUAUCCAUAUUGCGCUUUUUAUUUGCAUCGAAACGAACUUAUCGCUGCCGCUUCUUGAGACUGGAAAUGGGGAAAUUAAACAACAUAUGCAGAUAAACAAUGGACAAAGGUUUGUAAUUCAAUAUCUAGAUUUUAUAUUUCCUCUCUUUUAACAUUAAGCCACUAAACAAAGGAAUAGGGAAAAUGCCGCCUAAACAAGGUAAUUUGAUAGCUUAUCCGUUAUUUUGAUUAUUACUUUUUCUGGGCGGUGUGAUAGUACAAUAAUACCAAUAAAAAAGUUGGUUAAUAAUAUUUAGUUUAUUUCAUGAACUUUGGAAAGUGUUGUUUACUAGAAUUCUAGGCGGCUCAUAAUUCAGAUUAUUGAUGUGCAAUAUUAUGGACAUUAAGUUCUUAUUCAAGCAAGCGGAUUGCAUUUUUGUCAAGAUUUAAAUGGUCCUCUCUACUGAUUCGCUACAGUCUUUCAUCAUAUUUCGUCAGCUUCGCUGACUCAGCAGUCAGUAUUAUCAUUAUUAUCAAAGCGAGUUCAGUUAAGAGACGAUUGAGCUGCGCUCUAGACGUCAGCUUAAAAUGGAAAACCCAGCGAAAAGUGACUAUCAGGGUAAAAACCACAGAAUUCCAACUCCUCCUCCUAUUCCACAAACAUCGCAGAUAACUCAGCCUUCCCUCCAACGACAGUUUGUGAGUCGUGCAAAUUGUCACAAGUGUCAGAAGAAAGACGCCCAGCGUUCUUUGAGCUAUGAAGACUACCAGAGAUGGAUUGCCCAUAGAGGAUGUGUCAUAAGAUACUGCGAAGAAUGUUCACUCAAAAUUCGCUGCAAAGUCGAAAGAAUGAAGCAAAAAACAUAAAAACUGAUAUUAG